UCAAUUAGUCGACUCAGCUGUUUCCGAGACACGCAUUUACAUUAUGAUGAAAGAUUAUUUUCAUUUUGGAAUCAAUGAUCGAAUACUUUUUGAAAAUUGGAAGUCACAAAACAUUGCAGAAUUCCUUGGAUCCUGCUUUGCGGUUUUAAUAUUAGCAAUCUUCCACGAAUUUCUGAGAUAUUUAAGGAUCAGGUUAACAUCCCAAUACCGUUUACGUUGCACCAACAAAAAUUGUAAUUGCUGCUUUAAGAAAAACAACCAGACCUAUUACCCAAAUAUCAUAUCUGAUGAUUCAUCUCAACAUUUAACCCCCGCUCAAUUUGAAAGCAAAACCACCAACCAACCUGCAAAUAAUGACCCUCAGAUAUGUUCACAUCCAAAUAUUCUGAAGUCGAAUCUGCCCCCCUGGUCCUUUAAACCAAUCCUGACUGCCCUAUUUGCUCUUCACACCACUAUCAGCUUUUUAUUAAUGUUGAUAUUCAUGACUUACAACCUUUAUCUUUGUGGAGCGACAAUCAUUGGAUUAUCAGUAGGACAUUGGGUCUUCUUUUUAGCAUCCAUCCCUCAAUCCUCCUUAUCAACUAGUGGUAGAGAUGGUGCUGGUCAAGGAGCUCUCGGAAAUUUGCUGAACAAUGACGAGAUGGAUAGACAGGAGAUGAGUGGACAGACAUGCUGUCAGUGAUACCAACUAACAAAAUGAUAGAAAAUAUUUAAAAACAUACACAUAUUUUUUUUUGUUACAUAUCCUUCCACUUCCUUGAAUUUAAUUACAUGUUUUAUUUUAUACCCAAGGAGGCUUAUUUAAGAAAAUUUAAUAUUGUAAUUUUCACCUUAGUGCUAGCCACAUAUAUUAAAAAUAUUUUU